AGUCGCCUACGACUAUUAUAGGUACGUACUCUGUAGUGGUCAACUGGUCAGUGACAGUGAAGGCGCCAUGAUAUCGUGUGCUGUGUUGGUGCUGUGUGCUAUAGGAGCCGUAAGAGGAACACCAACAGAUGGAGCGAUUACCAGAAAUAGGGACAGGAGAGACACAUUCUUAGACAUCUUUAGAGAUAAAACGGACCGCGAUGCCAGCUACAAAAUAUUACCCGUGCUGCCAGUUAAGCUGCCUAUUCAAAUUGGCGGUCACGGGAGUACCAAUCUCCCGAUUUUAGUACUUCCUGUACCGUUUCCAGUAUACACACAAAAACCAGAACCAAUCGAUGUUCGCAGCACCAGACCAACUUCAGGCGAAAAUGCAAAAUUUCCUGCCACCCCACCUUACAUAGCAGUUCGUUCUUUCGAAGAUAACUCUCGAGAAUCUCGCGAUGAAUCUGCGUCAGAAGACCGUGAAAAACCUGAAUCUAUAGAUGAGUUCGAUAGGUCCCCUAUUGUAGUAUUAGAAGAAGAAUCAAACUCUGCUAAAACGGCUUUUAGGGCUCCUCUCCCACGCCGCCGAGUAAAGUAUGUUGUUAAAAAAAUAAUUUCCAAUACACGACCUGAGCGUAUAGAGUAUGUCGAUGAAGAUGAGGUUUCUGACACUCAAAAGCGUAUAUCGUAUGUAACUGAAGAUGAAGAUCGUGAUAGUCAGCGAAAGAGUGUAAAGUAUGUUAUUGACGAUGAUGUUUCUGAAACUCCAAGGCGUAUAAAGUAUGUUACUGAAGGUCCCAGAAAUUCUCCAGGGCGUCGUGUAAUAUAUGUUACUGAUGAUAUAUCUGACACAGCACCUCGGCAGCGGGUUAAGUAUGUGAUUGAGGAUGAAGAUGUUAUUUCCAAAAGUCCACGGCGUGUAAAGUAUGUCACUGAAGAUGGCCCAAAUGCACCUAGGUCGCGGCGGCCUGAUGAACAUAGAACAACGUAACACAUCGUAACACAACGUAACACACCGUAACACAACAUAACGCUGACAUCGUGAUACAAUGCGGGUUGUUGGAUGACCCUUCAUACCCUGUAGUUACGAAGGAGGAUAUUUUAGAAUAAGACUAGAGAACCAACUGCAAAUAUGCUACAAAUCCAUACUAAUACUUAUUUUAAAUGGGAAAGUGUGUGUGUUGUUUGUCCGUCUUUCACGACAAAACGGAGCGACGGAUUGACGUGAUUUUUUGUGGAGAUAGUUGGAGGGAUAGAGAGCGACAUAGGCUACUUUUUGUCUCUUUCUAACACCCCACUUCCCUAAAAUGGUGGUGGAAUUUUGUAUGGAGCAUGCCGAUUAUUUGGACUUCACGCGAGCGAAGCUAGGGCUAGUGUACUUAUGAAUAAAGAGACAUUAAGUUACUACUUAGUACUUACUACGCGCAUUGAGAAAAAAAUAAAUAAAUGUAUUGUAAUAAAUGUAUUUCCCUUUUCAAUGGCAAACUUAUUUGAAUUAAAUUUCUACUGACUUCUCUGAGUGACCAUUCGUCACUACUUUUAAAAAAAUUUGUAUCUUCGUCUGUCAAUGAAAAGAAAAUUGUAGU